GCGAAAGAAGUGGUAAAGUUGUUGGUAAAGCGUUGUCCACAGCUGUUGAACAUUCAGUCAGAGUUUGGUUUAACACCACUGAUGAGUGCAGUGGCCCGGGACGCGCUCGGUAUCGUUGAAGCUCUUCUUGAACUUAGAGUUGAUCUUGAGAGUGUGGAUGGUCAGGGCCGUACAGCAAUGCAUCAUGCAGCCUCAAGAGGUGUAUCUCGACAGGUUGCCAUUCUGCUGUCGUGGGGUGCAUCUGCGUGCAGACCUGACUUCGAAUGCAAUCGACCAAUGCAUUACGCAGCUAUCAAAUCACAUACCGCCUCUCUUCGAUUCAUUUACAGAGCCAAUAAACUCAUCGUAUUAUUAUAA